AUGAAUGUAAUUUUAAUAAAUAAAAAUAAAAGAAAACAUGCGCUGACUACUCUACUGCUGGAUCACUACCACCGUAAAUACCGUCAUGGGAAUACCGAAACAGUAGUCAACGAAGUCCGUCAACGAUACUACGUUCCACGACUCCGGACGGCGGUAAGCAGUUUGGCCAAGAUUUGUCAAUGGUGUCGAGUCUACAAGUGUUCACCGAAGAUUCCUCGCAUGGCACCGUUACCGCUGGCUCGGAUGGCAUCCUUUGUAAAACCCUUCACGUACACGGGUCUGGACUUCUUUGGACCACUGACAGUAAAGAUCGGAAGGAGCAACGCGAAACGCUGGAUUGCUGUAUUCACGUGCCUAACGAUAAGAGCGGUGCACGUAGAAGUGGCGCAUAAUUUGACCACGGACUCCUGCAUCAAAUGUAUCCGACGGUUCGUCUGCCGCAGAGGAGCGCCAGCCGAAAUCUACUCGGACAACGGCACAAAUUUCCUGGGUGCCGCUAGACUGUUGAAGGAGCAAGUAGAGCAACUAGCCGUCACUUUCACGGGAACUGCUACCAAGUGGGUGUUUAACCCGCCUGGCACUCCGCACAUGGGCGGGGCAUGGGAGCGGAUGGUUCGCUCCAUCAAAGUUGCUGCUGAGACGGCGUACAACAACAGCCGCAAGCUGGACGACGAAGCGUUGGUCACCUUUAUGGUGGAGGCCGAAUCGAUAGUGAACAGCCGACCUCUAACCUAUCUGCCGUUGACGUCGGAAGAAAACGAGGCAAUAACACCGAACCACUUCCUGCUCGGCAACUCAAGCGGAGUCCGGCAGCCGAUAGCUGAAGCAACAGAUCCAGCCGAAGCUUUAAGAUCGUCGUGGCAUCAGCUGCAGCAUCAGCUAGACGUAUUCUGGAGAAGGUGGAUAAGGGAGUACCUACCCACGCUGACUAAGCGACCGACGUGGUGUGGCGAGGUGGAUCCUAUAGCUGAAGGACAGUUAGUGCUGGUAGUUGGUGAUGGACGAAGGAAUGAGUGGACAAGAGGUCGAGUAGUGCAAGCAAUCAAGGGGGCAGAUGGGAGGAUUCGGCAAGCUAUGAUACAAACUGCGAGGGGGCUUGUGCGCAGGCCUGUGGCUAGGCUGGCGGUAUUAGAGAUAGAUGCUGGUAAAACUGGACCUGGUGGCCAGUGUUACGGGGGAGAGAGUGUUGGUACUGGCAGCACUGUUGGUCACGAUACCGUGACGGCCGGACCGGCCGUUGACAGCUUUGUCAGGAUGACAGGGCAUAAGUGA